AUCGUAUAUCUCGAUGGCGCGAAGUGGCGUGAUUUAGGCCGUUUAGGCCACAUAAUAGGCCAUUUUAUAUCAUUAAAAUAGCAUUAUACGGUGUUCUUAGUUAGAAAUCGACGUUUCAUAGUUUUGUAAUUAUAAUUUCUAACUGUUUGUUAUUAGACGUGUGUUUAACAUAUGAUAAUACUCAGUUAUUUGUAAUACUUUAAUAUAAAAGGCUAUCAGGCUCAUUGAGGUUAUACGACUAGCCUACAAGUAAUAUUGAUAAGAAAAAUAUGAAAACGAUGUAUCAAGACAAGGAAGAAGAAAACUUAAAAAGGAUGCAGCAAUUUAGUCAUUAAAAGUGUUUGGGGAUUGUAUGAAGUCGGAUGCCGUGUACAAAGCCGCUCUUCCAUUGGGAAUCAUAGGUGGAAUAUCAUCGCAUUUAUUACUUCCUAAGAAAUGGGGCAAUGCCAAACAUGUGACAACGGCAGUACUUAGCUUUACGAUGUAUAUGCUUGGGAAAUUUAAUUAUGCCCCGGUAUGCUUUGAAAGAGCAUUCGGUCCGGUAUUGAAAGACAGAGGAAUGGCAAGAAGGAAUUGGGCUACUGAUGCUCACAAUAGGUCUGAUCAACCACAGCACAAGGACACAUAUGUUGCAUCCUCUGUUGACACUUUUGUACAAGAGGACUUAAUGGACAAUACGUCUUUCCAGUUCGAUAGCAUUGGAACUGAAUUCAGCAGUGAUAUACAGCAGAGAAACGUUUUUCAAGAACAAGAAAUAAAUGAAGAGCCGAAGCAAGAAAAGAAACGUGUGACAUAUGAUGAUUUAUGGAUGCAGCACAGAGACGAACAAAUGAAAAGCAUAUAUAAUCCCAGAAGAAGACAAGUUCCAAGUCAGUGGCAAAAACGUGCAGAGGAUUCAGAAACUUUUGAGGAAGAGGAUGUUAAACAUUUUUAAAAUCAACGAGGAAUGUAUACUUUUAAUAGAUUUUUCCUUAGAACAUGGUUAUACAUAAUUGCACAAUAAAUCUCUUUAAUAAAAGAACAUAUAUUAACA